GAGCCAGGUCUCCGUUUGGACAGCCGGUCCUUUCCCGCAUUUGGCAUCCUUGCACAGCAUUCAGGCGCUUUUGAAAAAAAUAUGUUGAGGUUGGCUACCUUCCUUCUCGCUGCAAGCACAUUUGGCAAUGGAGCGGCCGUGAAUGACUUCAACGCCCAUGUUGACGAGGCCGUUGGCAGGCAUCAACCGCCUGUGAUUAGGGACAAACGUUCGCUUCAUCUGGAGGCACACAUUCCCUUCCACAGCUUCACGGUUGCAAGCAAUGGAUUAUUUAACCGCGACCUACAAGUGAAACUAACGGAUGGAGCAGUGAGCGGACUGGACGAUGUGACUCGCCGUCUCAGAAGCUGCGUCCGACCUACCUGCCAAGUUGAUCUGAGAGGACUCGUGGUUUCAUACAUCGCGCAGACUCGGGGGGACGACUUGGCUGGAACGCGCAAGAACAUCUGGGUUGAAGUCACGGUCACGAGCGCAGAAGCUUUGUUCAACAUGAGCGAUAUCAGAGCCAGCGUGACUAGCCUAAACUCCUUGAUCAUCGGACCCAUCUCGACUCGCACCUCUUACGACACCUACCUGAAUCUCAACUCUCGACGGCGGAAGGAGUUUGUACAAGAGGUGGCCCGUUACUCCCGCUGGGAACUUCGCAAGAUCCUUCGUGGGAGCUAUUUGUCUGCUCUUCAGGAGACUUUCGCUUACCAUUGAUUAAAAUUGGGUUAUGGGGAUAUUUAUACGGCGUGUAGUUGGUCAGCUAUUUAAAAUUGCGACAAGUCAUUUGCUGUAGAUGAGCAAUUUAGCCAGUGCAGUACAACCGCUAGCCUGGGGUCUUUAACGUGCACCACGCAGUAGUGAUACACGACCGCACGCCGGUACGAUGCUCAUCCAGAUCGAAACGGGCAGGGGUGGGGCUCGAGCCCAGGAUCCCUGGGUUCUGCAGCGCGAGCUUUCGCUCCACGUGCCCCGAGCUGGGUGUGCGCUUUAGCCCACUCGGCCACUGAUCCCCCCAUUGAUUAAACUAUGACAGUUCGCUCUCACGAAACCUGGCAGCUCGACGACGGAGCCAUAGAGUGCCCGAUGGCAGAUUUGGAGCGCGAGGAUCUGGUAGCACAGGGCAUCAAAGAACCAUUUCCCGGGGAAACUGGACGUUAGCGCACAGCUUUUGCAGCGGUGAGGACCCGAAACACACUUGUUCGCUCGGGAGAAGUGUGGUUCGGCGUCUCGCCGCAGCGGGGCGCCAGCCACGUGGCUCUUCCCUCAUUCGUCGUCUGCCGCUCCACCUUUUCCAUUUCGACGGCCGCUUCUCGUGACGAUCUGCCAGGCUUUGUCGUAUAUAGGAGGCUAUGGUCCUACAUGUUCCAAGCUUUCACUGACUUUUCAUGGAGAACUUUACACACUAUUUGGAAUACCCCUCCUUCUGUUACAGAAGGAGAUUUCGUUAAUUGAAGCUGUCUUUCUGGUUUCAAGCUACUUCUUAAAAGCUCUGCUAAUAACUGAACCCUUGUUUCACAAUCAAACACAGACUUCUACAUUAAAGAUUGAACUCAGGGCACUUUUCGUGGGCAGUGACACUGUUUUAUAGCCAUUUUUAUACAUGUAUAAAGUGAAGGUUUUGCUUUUGAACGUAUGAAAAUAGUAUCGUUCAUAAUUUAUAUUACUACCUAUGAUCCUCUCUUGAUGAUACCAUACAAAGCCAUAACAUUGUUUUGAAUCGCUGAUGUAUACAACUGUACGAAGUUUAUUAUACUGUGUACCGUGAGUACGAACUGCAAAGAGGACAAAAACCUUCGUGGGGCUUCUUUUUUUGCCUCUAGUCUUUGUUCUCCUUUCGGUUGAUCCCAAAGAAAUAAACUUCAAACUUCGAACCACAGGUGAACUUGUGUGAGAUUCUAAUACAUCGAUCACUAUCGUUUGUGCAUAUUUCUAUUAAAGAAUGGACCAUGAAAAUGGAAAAUAUAUUUUUGAGUUGUUGUAUUUACACGUUGUUUUUUUGAAUAUAGAAAAUGUUUCGAUCAAAUUUAGUAGCAAUCUUUUCUCUUUUAAAUGCAGUAAUUAAGACCUCAACGGCCAGCUGAGUGUAUGAUUCAAAGUUAAAAAUAAAGAGAGGUCAUACCUCACAGGAUGGUGA